AUGGCGUGCUGUUCAGGUUACAGCACAAAUCGCUUCAAAAUUACUGUGGAUAGCAACUUUCUUUGUCCAAUCUGUGCAGAAGUUUUAAAAGAUCCUGUUCAAUGUCAAAAUCAACAUUAUUUCUGCAAGAACUGCAUAAAGAAACACCUUGAAAAGAAUGCGAAAUCAUGCCCUAUAUGUGUGCAAGAUCUGAGCGAGGAAACAUUGGCUCAGCCUCCUAGGAUUCUUACAGAUUAUUUGAAUGGUCUUAUGAUUAGCUGUGAUCACUCGGAAAGAGGUUGUACUGAGGUGCUACCAGUUUCAGGACUACAAGCACAUGUUCCUGAGUGUAACUACCGUCCCAUUGUUUGUACAAAUGAGAAAUGUGGACAAACAUUCAACCAAGAAGAUCUGACUGAACACGUGAUCAGUGCAUGUGAGUACAGACUGGUACAUUGCCCUGACUGUGAGGAUGAAAUGAUUUAUAAGAAGUUCAGUAAGCAUGCAUGUGUACUUAGUAAGGAUCUCAACAAAUUGGGACUAGAAUGGUCAGAAAUAAAGAACGUUUUGGGAGAAAUUUGCAAUUCUCAGAAAGAAAUGUGCAAUUCCCAGAAAGAAAUAUGUGAUUCACAGAAAGAAAUGUAUUGUUCGCAGAAAGAAAUGUACAAUUCCCAGAAAGAAAUGGAUCAUUCCCAGAAAGAGAUAUUGAAGUCAGUACAAAGUUUGGCACAUGAUAAACAAAACAUACCACAAGCACCCCCACCAAACGUUAUUGCUACUGUCAUGGUUAUUGGUGGCAAGAAUGCAGAGGGUAACCUGUGCUCUGUUGAAGCUUUGUAUCCAGGUUCUCAGACAUGGAAAGUGUUGCAAUCCAUGCAAGAAUCCCGUGGUUCUGCUGCAUCAGUAAUGUAUGGAAAUGAUGUCAUUGUCAGUGGAGGACGCUCGGAACCAUCCCUCCUAGGUUGUAGUGAUACAAUAGAAAAAUUAUCAUUGGUCUGCAAGCCGUUAAGGUGGAUUCCUUUCCCCGUCAAAUUGCCACUGAAGAUAUGUGGACAUAAAGUUGUUGUUAUUAACAACUGUCUUUAUUUGGUCGGUGGAUUCAAUGAGGGAAAUUCUUGUGGUGCCAUUUACAGCAUCUUACUUCUUCCUCCAUACACCAUAGAAUUGAAAUGUCAAAUGACACAGCCAAUCUGUUUUCAUGGGCUUCAAGCUUUUGAAGAGUCAGUGUUUGUAUUUGGGGGAUCAACAUCAUCCUCAAUGCAAAAUGCAGUUAACUCUGUAUUAUCUUAUAAUACAGUGAGUGAUGAAAAGAAAGAAAUGCAACCUUUGCCAUUUGCAAAUUGUGAUGUAGCUACUGUAAGAUGGAAUGACAAUGUCAUCAUUAUUGGAGGCACCACUAAUACGUCUGUGUCUUUAAUAAACACAGUGAUUCUCUACAGCGUGAAGGAGAAUAAGCAUAAGAUGUUGCCAUCGAUGAAGCAUGCAAGGUCGUCAUGUGGAGCAACAAUUGCUGGCAACAAAGUUAUUGUAAUGGGAGGUUAUGAUUGGUUUGAAAAGAAAUAUCUUGAUUCUGUGGAAUGUUUUGACCUUGAUCGUCAAGUGUGGCAAGAACUUCCAGUGAUGAAUGAAGCCCGAAGUGAGGCCACUGCUGUGGUCUAUGCUGGACUAUUUUAG